AUGAGAAAUAAUUUGUACGGUUAUACUUUAUAUAUUUUUUUUUAUUGUAUAUUCUAAUAUUCAAAUGUAAAUGGGUCAUACUUCCAUAUUGCCAAAUAUACAGUACUAAAUGGAUUAUAUGAUAUCCAUUCAAAUUUUUAUCUGCAGUUUGUACAGUUAUACUUUAUAUUUUUUUUUUAUUGUAUAUUCCAAUGACUUCCAUAUUGCCGAAUAUACAAUAUUAAAUGGAUUAUAUGAUAUACAUUCAAAUGUUAUCGUUAUAUCAUCAGUUUUUUUUUAUGAAAUCAACAAUUUUUUGAUUCACGCAAAGUCACAUUCGUCACAUUCGUCACAUGACAUCAACCGAAUAGAUGAAUAUUCUACGCAUUUCUACAAAAUGAGAUCAUAA